GGAUCUCAAUGGUCGGGCUGGAGCUGUCAGCUGUUAGACCCACAGAGAGGGAGAGGGAGGAAGGAAGAAAGAGGGAUAGAGGUGAAGGGUGCCAGAGGAGGCUGCUUGCCCGCUGGCCUAGCUCAUGUUGCGAGUGUGUGUCUCUGGAAUCUUCGCUUGCAGCGCUGACUGACCCGCAAAGGCAGGUCGUUCGCUGUUUGGCAUUGGCCGUAUGCGGAGACAUGGAGGAGAGAUGUCGAAGGAGACAUGUGGUUUGCGAUGCACACAUUUCGACGUCACAUCAGACAGCUAGUAGAAUGUCUGCAUGUAGUAGUGUUGUGAUGGUGGCUGGUAGUUGUGCUGCUGGAGAUGGUGGCGGUCGGGGAUGCUGGGAACGGCGUUAUUGUCGUUCAGGAUUCGCAGCGUUGGUGCGCUGUUGGACGUGGAGGAUAGCGCUUCUCCAAAUCAUGCUGGCAAUAACUCUGGGGAAUUCUGGUGUCACGGCUGAGCAAUGUGCAAAGGAUGAGUUCUCCUGUGACAAGGGCGGCUGUCUGCCCCGCUGGUAUCUCUGCAAUGGUCACGUAGAAUGCCCUAGUCCGCAGGACAAUAGCGACGAAACCAACUGUCCGAGUAUGCUGAACUGUGAAGGUGAUGGCGGUGUGCAGUGCAAACACCUGAACGAGUCACGCUGCUGGCCACAAGUCUACCGCUGCGACAACCACACCGACUGCGAUGGGGGUGAAGACGAGGUUGGAUGCGAUGUCUGGACAAUGUAUUUGACUGAAACGUGCCGUUGGUCCGAAUGGUCGGAGUGCAGUUUACCAACAUGUAACUCACAGAGCAGACACCCCAGUCCGCUCAGCAUGCAAGAACUGCUCCUCGCCGAGUUCACCGAUGACUGGAUACCCUGCUCGGAAGCCAACCAAACGCAGUCCUGCGUACACGUGGCGUGCAGCAAGAAGGACGGCGUAGGAUCUCAUGCAAUUGUCCUGGCUGCCAUUGGCGUGCUCGUAACUCUGGUGGUGCUGGGCUGUGUGCUGGAAGUUUUCCUGCGCCGUCAGAUGAAGCGUGGCACAAAGUUGGUGAAAUCCGACUCCGAGCCAUCAUCCAACACCACGAGCAGUGCCGGGCCACUGCACUCGCCGCAAGAAUCCCUGACACCGCAGGGCAUACUCAUGGCAACGUUGACAAGGAAUGGCUCUCUGCCGUCGCCGACCGACAAUCCUGCACACCAGCUUCAACAGCGGCAAUUGCUACAGCACGCAGCACCGCAGCAGCCCACAUGCGGUAGCGUCGCAGGUGGUAGCUUCGUGACAGCUGAAACGACGCUCGACAGCAUCACUGAGGCAACAGCGGAAAUCCGCCGUUCACUUGCAGAGGCCGUCAGUAACCAACGGUCAGAGGAGCACGAACGGUAUGUGAAGAAUCCCUCCUAUCAAUCCGAUAUCAGCCUGGUGCAACGGGAAAGGACCUCGGAACGACGGCUCCUCUUGAGUCCGAUUCGCCAGCAGCAACACUCGUCUCCCUCGGACGUCAGCCAGGCUAACGGAGUGAUUGCAUCUUGCACCACCAUCUCCUGUCCACUGUGCUUUGGCUACAACCCGGGCGAAUGCUGUCAUAUGGCGUACGGGUCCUUCUCCAAUGCUGCAACUACUUUGCAGCCACAUGGCAAGCAAGUGUUGCCUGGCAACGCUAGUAGCAUCAGCAAAACACCUGUGGUAGCAAUAGGCGAUGAUGAGAGGUACAGAACCAUUGUAUUACAAUCCGCCGAGCAAUACCAUCAGAUACAGGACACGAAAGAUGAAUCGUCUGUUGUUGCCGAUGAACGACGGUCAAUACCGGUUGCCACCUCCGGUGAUGACUGCUCGGCAAUAUAUGCACCAACUCCGUACUCUGCGGGAGCACUGUCCGUAUCAUCAUGGCCGCAAAGUCACCGUCGCUCAGUUCAACCUGAUCAGUUGAGUGAGGGCUGUCGCUUUCUAUUACUAGCCAAUGCACUGAAGACGGGUACCGUGAACGGCAUUGGCACCACCAGUACUCCUGGCGGUGCUGCACUCGACGAUGCAUUAUGGCGGCCAAUUGCCCUGGAGAACCACAGCACUGCCUCGUCCAAACAUGCUCGAUCCCAUGCGCCUCUACCGUGCAGUACGCCUGCAUCAAACAUUGACGUGCACAGCUCCUCUCUGGAGGAGAACGCGCCUUGCAAUGGAUUCUUUGGCCACGCACCGCAGCUAGCCGUUAGCGGAGCAGCAUAGGCAUGCGUGUGCGUUGCUCAUUCUCAACCACUGGCAAGUCCAGCCACCACCACCACCAUUCGUCACAGCCACAACUGGAACUGGUGGACUCCAUUCCACUGAUAUCCCAGUACGAGUAUUUAUCAAUUUAGCGCCUAGUACCUUGUUUUAAGUCUUUAUAUUGACCCGUAAAAGUUCGACAUACCCCCGUUGAGUGUUUCACCUUGAGAUCAAGACUAAAAAAGAAAUAAGUAAACCCAGAAGGAGUGCAGGCACUGGUGUCUGUAUGCUCUUUGCUGGUCUAUAUUGGGUAUUUGUUUUCUUCCUUUCAGGUAAUUCACCGAUAAUUGUCUAAACUCUAUUCGUAAUUAAAUUGGUAGCAAUGCAUGCGAUCAUUAAAAAAGGUCUGCACAGUGCCCGUGCAACGGUUGCUUAGCUCAUGUUUCUCUCCAGUGCUACAGCUAUCACUGAUAACAAUGUCACAGCUAUUAUUGAAUCA